GGAGUUGUGUCAUAGCGUGUCAAGUUUUUGGCGCCGUUUCCGGGGACUUUCUAGAUUAUUAGGAAAGGCAGAAGUUUGUUACUUUAGCGUUUUUCUUUUCUUUUCCACCCUUGCUUUUGACUUGGGUGUUUUUGUUUUUGUUGGUGCAGAUCUGACUCAUGGAUCCUCAUGCCUUCUCCAACCAUUGGUGGUAUCCACCACCAUCCGAGUGGUAUUACCCCGAGAAUCCCUGCAGCAAUCAAGGAGGAGAAGACUAUGGAUUCGGGUUCCAGUACCAACCCCCUUACUACGUAGAACAAUCAGACCGCUGGGCAUAUCAAGAACAACAUCAUUAUCAAGAAGAAUUUCUACCACAACCAGAAGGGCCAUCGGAGCUGGAGUUACCCAUGGCGGCCUUCACGGGCCAUUCUGCAGAUCCAUGCUACACUCAACAACCAGAUCCAAACUAUCACUUGAGGCUUCUCGUGGAGCAGAUUGCUCGAGUACCUGAGAGAUCCUUUCCCAAGAUGGAUCCUCAUAUCCAGGCCAUGCCCCAAACUGACUUCUCCUUUCCCCGUGAAACAGAGGAUACCCUUCGGAGCAUAAAGAAGCACAUAGAGGUCAUUGAGAAAGCUUAUGCACAGUUUUCUCAAGACAACCUUUAUGGUGCCAUACAAGUAGAGGAGGAGGAAGAAGAAGGCAAUCAUGAGGAUGUUGAGGAGCAUGCAGAAGUUAUCACAGAGAACUUCCAUGAUAAUUAUGAUCAGGAAAGUCCUCUAGUUUCAUAUCACACCUUUCCUCAUUUCUGCUCUAACAUGCUGGGCCCGAGCAAGGAGAUGCAAGAUGAUCUCAUUGAAGAAAUUACAUGGCGACUUGCUCCCCAAUCUGUUCUAGAAGAAGAAGAGCAAGAAAGGGUGUAGAAAGAAGUUGUGGAGGAUGACAAAAGUGAAGCAGGAGGAGUUCUUGAUCAUUUCCCAGGGGUGAUACCACAUGAACAAGGAAGGGAGGUUGAAGAAGCAAUUGGUGUCCAGGCCGAGGUCGGAGUUGAGGUGGAAGAGGCCUGCACCGGCCAUGAGUUGCAAGUAAUAUCCCAUCAAAAUUUGAGGAAUUGCUUAACAAGGACCCAUUUGCAGUGUCUCUUUGCCAGACCAAGGCUACAUCGACAUCGGUUCCUCUUGGUGGACGCGAUGGUGGUCAAUUGAUGUUGUCAUAUCUAGUUUGGGGCAAUGAGACGAGAGAAGAGAAGAAGAGGUCUUGAGGGUGGAGACGUUAUCUGCAUCAAGUGCACGAGCUUCAAUCACCUGUCAUACCACAUGCUCGUGACUUGAGACUCCACCUCAUUGACGAGAACCUCAACUUCAAGGAGGUUUUGGGGCGGACCGAAACUUAGGAGCCAUCGUCCGGCUCACGACGUGAAAGAAGCGCUUGUUGGGAGGCAACCCAACCAGUCGGUUUGCAUUUCUCUCUUUUUAUCCUCGGUUGAGUCAGUUUUGUUAUUUGAUUUUAGAGUCAAUAACUCAACCUUUGUGAGAUUUUGUGUGGUGUUUGUGUUCCGACUACUCUCUCCUCCUGGAAUGCACCGCCUGCCCCGUCCACCAUCAUUCACCCUUGAUCUGGUAACUUCGUUCUACCCUCCUUAUCUUUCCUCCAUUGAGGACAAUGUUGUGCUUAAGUGUGGGGGGAUGUUCGAUUAUGUAUGCGGGUGAAUGUCGGCUGUUUGUGUGCUUGGAGCCUAGUCCACUGUCCAAAAUUUUUAUUUGAGGGCUCCAAGUACGUGUUUCCUUGCAAAUUGCCUGCUCAGUAUGCUUUGAAUUGACAGUCUCUAUAGUAAUGUGCAACCUAGGGAGGUAGUGUAGCACUAUGGAGGAUGUUGAAGUAUAAGACUUUUCCUAUCUAGCUCUCUACUGUGCCAGUUGAUUUUGUGAAUUAGUGGAGCUAGGACCGUUGAAUUCAUGUGGUAUUGAUGACUCCUCUUAUGUUAUGUUGUGGACUCGUGUAUCGAAAAAGGGUGCUCAAGUGUGAAAUGAAAAAGCAGUUCGUCCUCCAUGUCAAAAAUUUGCAAUUCUAAGACAUGGGGUAAGCCCAACGUGUGCGGCACCUUUCAUUGCACAAAAUUGGGUUUUGGAAGAGAUUUUAGUGAUCCUUGGUGGGGUAGGCCUACAAGGUGAAGCUAAGUUGUCUCUAGUACAAGUAAAAUUUUCAUCCGUUGAACGGUUUGCCUACUUGAGGAUGUGUUUUUAAGGGAACGGAUAGAGCUUCCGACCCCCCUUUAUUUCAUUGACCCUCCACACGAGUUGAGGAAAAAGAGUUAAAAGAAGUACUCCGGCGAGUGCCAGAUGUACAGAAAUUGCUCUUGCUCGACUAAUAAGGGUCGACCGUGAAAAAGACUGCAAUUGGAACCCCUGCCAAGUGAAUGAAAAGAAAAAAUAAAUAAUAAAAAAAAGAGUAAAAUGAAAGUGAAAAAGGGGUUCCAACGGUGAAAUGAAGUGAAAGAGCACCCCGGUAUAACGAGUCAUUGGUUGUGAAUGUUGUGAGUCCCUUUAUCCAUGAACUGACUGUCUUACUUCUACUUAUUCUCAUGAUCCUGGCUUGAGUUUAGUACUCUCAUUGAGAGAGAUAGGGGACGUCUUAGAAGAACAGCUGACCUCGUAAGCUGCUUUAUGAUUUAGAAAAUCCUCUACCGGCGAUCGGGGUUGUUUGUUGCUAUAGAGGUCUGGAGAGCUGCAUUGGUUUGAGUUAGGUUUGCUUGGGGACAAGCAAACGGUUAAGUGUGGGGGAGUUUGAUAGACCAAUAAUUACACAUGUUUCUACCCCUAUUCUAGAGCCGUUUGAGAUGUCGAUUCCCGCGUUUUAGGCCGAUUUCACGCUAGGUUGUUCGUGUUUGUGAUACUUCAGGUCCUAGCACAUGAAUGAAGGCCUGGUAAAGAGUUCGGGGUCGAUUGGACGUUUGGCGAGAAGCUGGGAACCCACACGGCACCAUUGCACCUCACACGGCCGUGUAGGGGCCCUUUGUGGCCGUGUGAAGGCUCGGUAAAGGCCACACGGGCAGCCUGGGGAGCCACACGGCCGUGUGGCCUCUGCCCGUGCAGCUUGCCUGGUUGCCCACUAAUCGAAAUGCCGCGUUUGGACACUCACACGGGCAGCUGGGAAAGUCACACGGCCGUGUGGACUGGCCGUAUAGUCGGGAAUUUCUAGUUUUAAGCCAAUUUCGAGCCAAAGGAGAAAGAGAGCUGGGUUUUGGUUCCCAAACACCCAAGGGACGAACCCUAGAGAGAGAGAGAAACUUAGGAACAUUCAUGGAGCUAUUUUGGAGGAUUUAUUCGCCAUUGGAGCUCAGGAAUCAAGCUUGGAGAUGGAGAUUGAAGAUCUAGAUAAGAUUUCUGCAGUCUCUCUCUUCUCUAUGGAGUAACUUCCCUUCACUUAGGUUGUGAGGAACUCUAGUUCAUGUGUUAGGAUCUUUCUUGUAUGAAGUUUUGGAUGCUAUAUUGCUUGAUUAUAAUCGAUUGAGGCAUGAUUUAUAGAGUCAAUUGAAGCCUAAUCAUCUUCUCUUGAUUUCUGCUUUAACCUAUGAUAGAUAGAACAUGAUUAGGUUAAGAGAGCUUCCUUGAUUGAUAGUGGUGAAUUGGUUGUGUGGGAGUCAAUCAAUUCACUGCUUUGUACUGGAAUUCAUUCCAGUAGUGGAGAUCUGUGUGAAUCGCUUUAGCAGUCUAUCCCGGUGAAGGCUAGUCUCCUGUCGGGUAUUCUGUCUAAGAGGGAUUGGUCAGCUUAAGAGAUUCCAAGCUAAUUUAGGAUCUUUCGCAGUUUAAUCAACAGUAGAUCAACCAAAGGGAAUCGCAACUUGGACCUAAUCGAGGAGCUAGGGGGAAUCAUACCUAAGUGAGUUCCCAACUUGUAAUUAGUAGAGUAGUUAGUAGAGUAGUUUAGUAAAUCAAUCCUUAAUCUAGUUUGCUAGAUAAUGAACUGAAGCUGAGUAAUAGUAACUCUUGGGACCCGUGGAUUCGAUAUUUUUUACUUGUGCCACUAUACUGCAGUCCCUUUCCUUGGUUACACUUGGCCACUGUCAGGAGUUGUGUCGUAGCGUGUCAGAAUGCAACCAAACAGGCCACUUAUUGGCCCACACACAAUGCUCUUGGGAUGCAGAGGAGUUUUGGGCUGGAAGGCCACCUGUCUUUCUAUUAUCUAUUUUGGAACAUGAUACCAUAAUCAAUUAAUAAACAUCUAGGAUUUGA